AUGAUGAAAGCCUGGCAAUUAGUCGAUAUUAAUGGUGAGGUGAUCAAUGAAGAAGAUAUUUCAAGUGUUGGUUCUGAUUGGUCAUUCAUGCAGUUCGAUCGAGAUGAUGGAUAUCCAAGUCGCCCACAUUCGGUAGCUGGUCGACGAUCAGACACUGAAGUUGAUUAUGAAUCUCGUUCACCUUCUGCGAACAGUGAUUAUAACUGUUAUAGCUCUCAUUGUAGUCUGGACAGAUAUAAUGAGCCUCCCGUAAGAUCAAAAAAUACUAACAAAUUAUCAAAAAAUAAACAUUUGUCUGGGACUAUUCCUGGAAAUACAGUAAUUCCUAUAACGUCAAAAACCGAAAUAUUAAAAUCUCAUCCACGUAAUGGAUUGCGACCUGGUCAUAUACAUCAGUCCUCCGCUAGAAAUUCCAAUGGAACACGUCAAGCGUUGGCACGUUGGAAUGCUUGUCGUAAACAAAAUAAUCAUACAAACCUAUGUGUUGAUUCUCAACGUUCCAAAUGUUUGCGCCGUGGUCCACUAAUCAAUCAUGGUUUUCAACGUCGUCAAGUUCGUAUGGGCAACGGCGGUCAUAUACCUCAUCAAAGAAGUUAAUAAAAAACCAAGGAAUUAAUUGGUUUUUUGUGAUAUUUUGCUCCUACAACAUUGUAAUAGCGGAUAUUUGGUGUUCUUUUUGUUUGUCACACUGAUUUAAUGGCAAUAAGAA